GUUAACGUCGUAUUGACGAGAUUAACGCUGAGAGCACUACUUAUUAUUGCUUAUAUUAAUAGCUGUUAACGUUAUGUUACAGGACUGCUAAAAAAAUACAUUCGGCUUCAAUGGACGACUUUGUCACCAAGCCAACAACAUGUACACCUCGGCAAGCACAUGUCCUGACUGAAUCAAUCUUGAACAUGUUGGUGAUGGACAUGAGACCCCUGUCUAUGGUUGAUGAUCAAGGUUUCAAAGAGAUGAUCAAGCAGUUCAACCCAGAUUGCCAUGAUAACUACCUACCAGGCCGAUCCCACUUCACCAAAUUGAUGGAAAAGAAAUAUGAUGCUACCUUUGAGAAGGUAAAGCAGACCCUUGGUGGUGUCAAAGGUUUCUUCACCCUGACUGCUGAUGUCUGGACCAGUCGUGCAACAGAGGCCUACCUUGGUGUGUCUUGCCAUUUCCUGAGUGAAGAUUGGAAGAUGAAGAGCUUCAUCCUUGAUACCAUGCCUCUUGAGGAGAGGCAUACUGGUGCCAAUAUAGUGACAUGGAUGGAAGAGGUGCUAACUAAGUUUGACAUCUUGCCUGCCAAAAUAAAAGCAGUAGUACAUGACAGUGGUUCCAAUAUGGUGGCAGCAAUGCGACUGCUUGAAGAAAAACAUGGAUGGGCCUCUAUCCGCUGUGCUGGACACACACUCCAGCUCAUAGUCAAUACUGCUCUCAAAGAAACCACCAUCAGCAGAGCACUAGGUGCUGCUAGGCAGCUAGUGGAGCACUUUAAGAGAAGCGAGCUGGCUAGUACAAGACUAAAAAUGAAACAGGAGCAAGUGAAUGUGAAGAAAUAUACACUGAUCCAAGAUGUCAGUACAAGGUGGAAUAGUAUAUUCCACAUGAUAGAGAGACUCCUCGAACAGCGCUGGCCUCUCACUGCCACUCUUUCAGAUCCCGAGGUAACGCCAAGGGGGAAACACUACUUCGACUUGAAGCCAAAGCAGUGGGUGCUGCUUGAAGAACUGAAGCAAGGUUUGGCACCUUUUGAGACUGCUACUGUUUACCUUAGUGGACCACAGUACACAACGGUUUCAGGUCUUCCACAGGUGGUCAAAGGGCUGACAUGGGCUGUACACCAAAGCCAACUGGAGACGAGCUCAGGAACAUCUUUCAUUGCCAGUGCAGAAAAAGGCAUAACACAGAGAUGGGGGAGUAUAUGCACUUUCUCAGCAGACAAAGAAAACCCUGUUAUUCUCACAGCUGCCUUGGACCCCAGAAACAGAAAGUUGAAGUUUUUGGCUCCUGAAGAUGUCAUCAGAGUGCAGGGGACUGUUGAAGUGCUUGCUGUUAAAGAAGCAAAUGCUGGGACACAUGAGCAUGCAAAAGUGCAGAUGGCCAAUGGUUCAAGUAGAACUGAAAAGACUGCUCUGGACAACCUCCUUGAGUCUGACACAGACAGUCAGGGUGACAAUGAGGAAGAACGCAUCUAAGGAGGACCAAGAUGUCCAAGUUGUGAGAAGUGAAGUUCAGCUGUACUUUAAAGAAGCCACAGUUUCUAAAAAGGAUGAUCCUCUUAAAUGGUGGAGCGAAAAUGAGGGACGUUUCCCCACACUAUCAAAGCUAGCUAAAUCUUUUCUGUGCAUUCCUGCAACCUCCACCCCAUCGGAGCGGAUCUUCUCCACAGUAGGGAACAUCUGCUCUCAAAAGAGAGCAAGCCUUUCAGCAGAACAUGUAGAAAAGCUAACUUUCCUGGCUAUGAACAAUAAUCUCGUGUAGAUUGCUAUACUGACUAUAUAGUCCCAAAGUUCAAUAUAGUUGUGAGGACUGAGCAGAAAAUGCUAUUUUGUUAUAUUUGUUUUCAGUUUGCUUCAAACUUGAAAUUUCAUUAAAAGUUUUAAUAAACUAUCAUCUUGUCUUUAUUUUUAGUUUCACAUACCUUAAACACUUAAAGCUGUAAGCUAAUGAUAGUUAUAUACGAGCAGAUGCAUGCUGCUGCAAUAAUCUGUACGUUUCACGUCCAAUGGAUGCAUGAUCUGAUUAGUCGACUAAUCGCAAGAAUAAUCGGUGACUAGUCGAAUAUCAAAAUAAUCGUUUGUGGCA